AUGAAUUUUCCAUGGUUGGGCUUCAUCACCCUCCUUCCCUCCGCCGUCUCGAUCUGCCCUGAGGUAUGUACGGCGGCUGGAGGUACAUCUUGGCCGUGCAGAUACUACAAUGGCGGACAGUGCACCGUGGAUGUGAACCCCAGUGCCACCCGAGCAGCGGCGCAAGACAUCAACAUUGCGGUCAUCAGCCCCUACACCGGUGUCAUCGGGGACAUGAUGACGAUGGCCGAACCUCUCCUUGCCCUGGCAGCACAGGAGAUUGAGGACAGCAACUACCUUCCAGGCUACCGGGUGAACUUGCAUCUUACCGACUCAGGCUGCGACGAGGCCCAAGGGACAGAGGCCACCAUCGAAGCAUUCACCGUCGGUCCCACGAAGCACGCGAUCCUGGGUGACUCCUGCAGUCACCUGGCUCGGAGAAUUUUUGGGGGCCUGAAUGAUUCAACCGGGUUUUUCUUUGCGCGUUCAUUCCUCUCAAAGGCUCCAGGAGGGUUUAGGAGUUUCGGGUCUUUGCUGUUUUUUUCCUUUAUGUAG